AGGGCGGACGAGCUGACAUUCGAGAACAGCGCGAGCCAGCGAGGGAGAUGCACUGUCUGUGCUGCAGCUGAGCUAUAGAGAUACACUCACUUUCAUACACACACAUACACUCAUAUAUACAGACAUUUACUCACCACGAGCCCUGAAACAAACCCGUCCACGCUGUUGCUGCUCCGCUAGUAUUUUUACUCUCAUCAUUGCUGGUGAAGAAAGGCCUAAACCCCCUGCUGCUGCUGCUGCUGUGGAUCAUCAUGUCUGUUCUGGCUCUGCAGGAGUAUGAGUUCGAGAGGCAGUUCAAUGAGGACGAGGCCAUCCGAUGGAUGCAGGAGAACUGGAAGAAGUCGUUUCUGUUCUCGGCGCUCUACGCUGCCUGUAUACUCGGUGGGCGUCAUUUGAUGAAGCAGAGGGAGAAGUUUGAGCUGAGGAAACCUUUAGUGUUAUGGUCAUUAACCCUUGCCGUCUUCAGUAUAUUUGGUGCCAUGCGAACUGGGAGCUAUAUGAUGUACAUCCUGAUGACCAAAGGCCUGAAGCAAUCAGUAUGCGAUCAGAGUUUCUACAAUGGACCGGUCAGCAAGUUCUGGGCAUACGCCUUCGUGCUGAGUAAAGCACCCGAGCUCGGAGAUACCCUGUUCAUCGUGCUUCGUAAGCAGAAGCUGAUCUUCCUGCACUGGUAUCAUCACAUCACCGUGCUGCUGUACUCCUGGUACUCCUAUAAAGACAUGGUGGCCGGCGGCGGCUGGUUUAUGACCAUGAACUACCUGGUGCACGCCGUCAUGUACUCCUACUACGCCCUGAGAGCGGCAGGGUUCAGAGUGUCCCGCAAGUUCGCCAUGUUCAUCACCCUCACCCAGAUCACGCAGAUGGUGAUGGGCUGCGUGGUCAACUACCUGGUCUACUCCUGGAUGCAGCAGGGCCAGGAGUGCCCGUCGCACGUCCAGAACAUUGUGUGGUCGUCCCUCAUGUACCUCAGCUACUUCGUGCUCUUCUGCCAGUUCUUCUUCGAGGCCUACGUCAACAAGACCAAAGGAGCCAGGGAAAUGAAGAAGAGCCAGUAAAAUGCACCAAAAGAUAGUGAGUGAGAGAGAGUGUGAGGGAGGGCGAGCGAGAGAGAAGGUAAAAUUGCACCAAUGCGAGGAUAAUUUAACGAGAAGUCUUAAUGUAGGAGUGUUUACAGGAUCGGAGGGGAACAAUAAAUGGGAAAAAAACUGUCUGGAGGUUUCGCGGUUUAAGCUUGUGCAUACUGUACUACUAAUGCAUAAAGAUAAACCUCCCCUCCACCGGGGGGCUCUACUGAGCUGCACUGAUGAAUUAUUACUAUGAUAACUGAUGAAGAAGAAAAAAAAUAACAACGUGUCUUUACGUGAUGUUUAUGUGCCCAAUGCUAUUCUCUAUAUUUAAAACAAUAAAUAAUGUAUAAAUACAAAGAAGGGAUACAUUUUAAUAAAUAUUCUAGCCUAGAUUAAGGGAGUGUGAACGUUGUAGAAAAAACAUAAAUUAAACAAAGGGAAUGAAUGAUAUGAUAUGAUUGAGCGAAUAGAUUGAGCGAUUGAUGAUGGAAAUUUCGUUUUUGUGGUUACGUCUACGAUGUUUGUCUUUUGAAUCUUUAAAUCUGAAGUCAGCAUUAAUGUUGUCGUUACUGUUCCGUUUUAAUUUUUUUAUCGAUUUAGAAGUUAGCGCCAGAGGUAAUUUUGUACGAAAGCCAUGUCGACGGACGACCGGUGAAACAUUUGCUCUAAAAAAGCAACAGCGAAGAUACAAAAAGCAGAAAAAGCCACUGGGUGUUUUGUAUUCAGCAGCAUUGCAGCGCCAAAUUCUCUCAGGUUUGAUGAGUUUUCCCAUUUGAUGUGCAUAUCAUUUAGGAAAGAAAUGAUUAUAAAAUCUCAGUAGAUGUUAAAGAUAGUGAGUAGCAAGUAGCUAGUAGACUUGAAACUUCUACGCCAUCGAACAUUCGCUAAAAAUACGACAAAAAAAAAAAAAUAACCCAGCGCUGAGAGGACUAUAUGGGCCUGGCUGAUCAUCCAACCAUCACGGCUCUUUACCCGAACAUGAUUCACUCAGCCUCUAUGAGCCGAUGAGUCACUGGCCGCGCUGCCCUCUAUGGGGUGUGGCCUAAUUCCUGAGGCUAGAGGUCGGCGUCCGUCAUCAUCUAUUCCAAAGACCAAUGCCGACAAGGGUCUAAAGCGGACCCUUUUUGAAGGAACUUUGAGUUUGAGCGUAUUUAAACAUGCAACAUGUCUACAUACACUGUAAUAAAGCUGUUAUUGAUUGGAAUUUAA